CACAGCUGCAAACGGACGUCGGUGGAGUUCAGCUACGCUAACGAAAGUAUUAAGCUUAGAGGGGCGCUCCUCAUAGAGGAAAAAAUAUCAAAAAAAAAGAAAAUAUCAAAAGAAAGCCAGCAAAAAAAAAAUACAGUAGUAUAAAAUAAAAUAUAAUUAAAAAAAUUUAACAAAACAUAGAUAUUUCUUGGCGCUGUUGUUGAGAAAAGCACUAAGGAAAAGGAAGAGGAAAGUGCAGAAUGAAAUGGUCUCGCCUUGAAAAAUGAAAAUUGGCUGAAAAGCGCAACUCGAAUGAAGAAAAACGAGUUUUCAAUCCAUCGAAAGGGAAAGAUAUCCCGCGUGUGUAUGUGUGAGUGUGUCUGCAGUGGGGCAAAGUCAAAUAUUUGUCUAUAUACUAAGGGCAGUGAAAAAGUGUGAAAAUUUGUGAAAAUUUUGUGAAAUACUUAUAUGUGAUUAUUCAAAAAAAAAUAUAUAUAUAUUAUAUAUAAAUAAAUAAAAGAAAACAGUUUGAAAAUAUAUAAUAGAACACAUUUUCCUCCUUUCUUCUUCACAUAGCAGUGACGAGUCUAAGAAUGUGCUGAAAAAAGCUCUGGCGUAAUAAAUGUGCUGGAAAUAAAUGUGGCUAUGCAAAUUUCAACCGAAUAAGUGCGUUUUAAUGUAAAGGAAAUAUAUAUAUUUACAUAAUGGAAAUAGCUCAUUUCCCGCUAAUCUAAUCAUUAAAUUACAAAAAAAAAAAAAAAAAUAAUAAUAAUAAUAAUAAUGGAAUAGAAGUAAAAUGUGUUGAAGCUAAUAAUUAAAAAUAGUUCUGAGGAGUGUGUCAAUGGACUGAAAAGUUAUAAAGGAGUAUUUAUAUACAUACAUAAAUAUAAUAUUCGUAAAUAAUCUGCUGCACAAUUUCGCUAUCCUGCUACCAAAAAAUAAAAAAUAACAAAAAAAUCAAGCUUUCCGCGACAAAAUACUCACACAUCAGGCUGCUUAUGAAUGUACACAUAAUUGAGAGAAGAAAAGGAGAACUCAGCUUGCGUCCACACCAAUAUUAACCGCUAACAUACCCAUACACACACAUAUAUACCAAGCAAACUACCAAUUUAAUUUGAAUGUCAUUAAAGUGCUAAUAUUUACAACCCACAUUUGAUAAGCUGCCAAAAUAAAAAUAAAAAUAAAAGUAAAAAUUAAUGAUUGAAUGAAUAAAUACAAUUCUACAUUUCGUUGUGAUAAAUAAUUGUGAAAAUAGUCAGUUGAAUUGAGCAACCCCCAUGUACACACAUAGAUACAAAGUGAUAUUGUACAUACAUAAAUUUGUAUAUCGUAGAUAAAGGAACUCAAAAAAGCUGUGAUCAAAGAAGGAAGACAAUAGAUAUGAAAAUGGCCUCAAAUAAGCAUUGAAAUUAUCGCAAGCGAGUACUCAGCGACCUGGUCCAGCUGCACUGAUGUCAAAUUAGCAAACGUUUGCUAGCAAAAUCUCUGCGCAAGUAGAAGAAGCAGAAGUGUGAAAGAAACCAAGGAAAAAUUUAUUCACUUACCAUUGAGAGACUAUAAUAACAAAAUUGAUGCAAUGUAGCGUGGCGGACUUAUGGUCGGCGAACGCGAUAGAGACCGUGAUACGGUACGCUGGGAAACGGGUGAUGCAACACCGCCCCAAUAUAAUAAUGGAGGUGCGCAAAUGGUCGGACAAUUGCAUGGUGGACAGGCUGCUAGCCAACAACAACAACAACAACAACAACAACAACAACAGCAGCAGCAGCAAAAACAGCAACAGUCUCAACGCGACUUACAGCUACAGCAACAGCAUUUGCAAUUGCAGCAGCAGCAGCAACAACAACAACAACAACAACAACAACAGCAAACCAGUAACUGGAUUGAAAACGAAACGCUUGGUCGCAACCCAGCUGCCGGAUCAACCGGUGCUGUCGGCAGCAUCGGCCACAUACCCACUCAGGGUUACGGCCUCGGUGUCGGCAUCGGCAUUGGUAUCGACAUCUCGCACGAUCACAGCAGCGAUAACAACGAUAAUCAAGCCUACUACGACACGAGCGGUAAUGUCGAUUGGGGUCGAGCGAUGGGCACUGGUGGAGCUAGUUCAUUUGGUUGCGGCACUGGAGCCGUACCAACAGCUGGCAAUCUUGCUUAUAACAAUGACGCAGUUUCUGCUGCCGCUGCUAUGGCCGGCGUCAAUGCCAGCCAACGUAAUCUCAACAAUAUCGGUAUCGGCGGCAUCGGCGGCGGCAGCAUUGGAAAUCUGGACUACGCUGAUGGUGGCAGCAUUACUGGCGCAUCCGCAACAACUACGCAUACUGCCGGCGGUCCGAUGGGCAAUGGCGGAAUCAGCAGCGGUGUCGGCGGCGGCGGCGGUAGUCAAAAUAUCGGCGCUGGCAGUACCGGCGCUGUUGGCAAAGAAGUACGUUACGCACCAUUCCCAAUACCAUCACCAUCGCAUUCGAAUCCAACAACUUCCCAUCUCCACGGCGGCAGUAUGGGCGGUGCAGGCGCAUUGCAACGCGCACAUUCCAGAUCCAUGUCCUCCAUACCACCACCCGAACCCUUUAUGAUAGCGCAGUCGAAACAAAUGAAUAGCCGCGUCUCCAUCAAUGUAGGCGGCGUUAAGCACGAGGUGCUCUGGCGCACACUCGAACGACUGCCACACACACGUCUCGGACGCCUACGUGAAUGCACCACACACGAAGCGAUAAUUGAGCUCUGCGAUGAUUACUCCAUCGUCGACAACGAGUAUUUCUUCGAUCGGCAUCCGAAAAGUUUCAGUUCCAUAUUGAAUUUCUAUCGUACCGGCAAAUUGCACAUCGUCGACGAGAUGUGUGUACUGGCAUUUAGUGAUGAUCUCGAAUAUUGGGGAGUUGAUGAGUUGUAUCUGGAGUCGUGCUGCCAGCACAAGUAUCAUCAGCGCAAGGAGAAUGUACACGAGGAGAUGCGUAAAGAGGCUGAAUCGUUGCGACAACGCGACGAGGAAGAGUUCGGCGAAGGCAAGUGCGCCGAGUAUCAAAAGUACUUGUGGGAGCUGCUGGAGAAACCGAACACAAGCUUCGCGGCGCGGGUUAUCGCAGUGAUAUCCAUACUAUUUAUAGUCCUGUCUACCAUAGCCCUGACGUUGAACACCCUACCACAACUACAACACAGUGAGAAUGGUACACCAUCUGAUAAUCCGCAAUUGGCUAUGGUUGAAGCCGUUUGCAUAUCGUGGUUCACCUUAGAAUAUAUACUUAGGUUUAGUGCAUCGCCGGAUAAAUGGAAAUUCUUUAAGGGUGGCCUUAAUAUAAUCGAUCUAUUGGCAAUACUCCCAUAUUUUGUUUCACUCUUUUUAUUGGAAACAAAUAAGAAUGCAACGGACCAGUUCCAGGAUGUGCGCCGGGUGGUGCAAGUAUUUCGCAUCAUGCGCAUCCUGCGAAUCCUUAAGCUGGCCCGUCACUCAACGGGCCUGCAGUCGUUAGGCUUUACCCUACGUAAUUCAUAUAAGGAACUCGGUCUACUAAUGCUGUUCCUGGCCAUGGGCGUUCUCAUAUUUUCUUCGCUGGCAUAUUUUGCCGAAAAGGAUGAAAAGGAUACAAAAUUCGUUUCAAUACCGGAAACAUUUUGGUGGGCGGGUAUUACAAUGACAACUGUUGGCUACGGGGACAUCUAUCCCACUACUGCACUGGGAAAGGUUAUUGGUACUGUUUGUUGCAUAUGCGGUGUUCUGGUAAUCGCUUUGCCUAUUCCCAUCAUCGUUAACAAUUUUGCUGAAUUUUAUAAGAAUCAGAUGCGACGCGAGAAGGCGCUCAAACGGCGUGAGGCACUGGAUCGGGCGAAACGUGAGGGUAGCAUUGUGUCAUUUCAUCAUAUCAAUUUGAAAGAUGCCUUUGCCAAAUCGAUGGAUCUCAUUGAUGUCAUUGUCGAUACAGGAGAGAAGAACACCCUCAUCGAACAGCCGCCACCGCCAACGUUCAGCACGCCACGCCGACGCGCACUCUCCGCACGCAUUCAGGAGUUAAAUCGUAGCCUGCUGGAGGAGCGCGAAGCUCAAAAUCAAAACAGUUCCAGUGAUAAUGAGGAUAGUAGAUAAUUAUUGGUUCAGCCCAAAGGCAAAUGGCUGCUCUCGACGAUGAUAGCAAGCACAGGAAGAGUGAAAAUGACAACGACUAAGACAUCGGCAUGCGCGGCGAGGGAGUUGAAGAAUCUCAAGGCACUUCCACAACAACAGAAGCAACUACUAAUAUUCCUCCUCCGACGCUGGGCGCGGGGCAGGUUACGCGUAUUAAUGCAUAGAUACCAAAAAAUUAACUUUGAUAAAGGGAAAAAAUAGUUUGAGUUUUAAAAGAAAGAAAUCAAGUGCCCACACACAUAGAUAUAUCACUCAUGCACACAAAAACUUCAAAAAACAUUAACAUAAACACACUCACACUGACGCCUUAGGGUGGCUCUUAAAUUGUAUUUGUUGAAAAGUGUUAAGUUUCCCGGUCUCAACGCAAGAAUGAAAUAGUACUGAAGUGACCCGAAAUCAUAAUAAUCCAUUAACCAUUUCAAAAAACCAGGAUUUUGUAAAAAUAAUGUUGAGUUCUUCCCGAACUGUAUUCCAAGUGAUCCAGUCUACACUAAAUUAGCUCUGAACUAGACUCAAGUUGUACUUAACUGACCAAGACACGGUAUCGAACUUAUCUUUUGCAAUUCACUCGGCUUUUAGCCAUUACAAGAGUAUCGUAGGUAGAAAUGGAAGGACUUCAGCCUCUGCUAGACCUCAAGAAUAAUUUGCAAAAGCAACAUAAAUUUGAAGCAACUGCAAGACCGUGAUACGCCUAAUGGCACAGUUAACUGGCCUAAGGGGGGCCCAAAAUGUAGGAAAUGCUGCUUUAUCAAAAUUAUUUUCAGUUUGUAAUGCAUUCCCGGGCUGAAGUCAAAACUUUUCCAGUGAAUCACAUUUUUAAAAAGAAUUUGAAAACCUUCUAAAUUUAGUUCUUCACAUUCUCGGUAAUAUUAACCCCAAUGCAAUGUCGAGAUCCAAGCUUUAUAAAAGUAUAACGGCGACAUCAUUUCGGAGCAACCAAACUGCAAAACCCGGGUUCUCAAAACUUCCGAUUCCAGCAGCAAAGUCGCAACGUCUCUUUAUUCUCUAAUUCAUUAUAUACCUAUUUCAGUUAUAGAAUUUAAAAAAAAUCCUUGGGAAGGCGUCAAUGAUUUUCCAAGAUGAAAUUUUUUAACUAAAAUUUUUUCGUGUCAACUUAAACCGAUUGAUUUGGAAAAUACCCGCAUAAGAGCGUUCAAUUAGAUAUUAGAAAGGAGUUCGAAUAUUAUAGAAAUAUCAUAGAAAAGGAAACCGGGAAAAUGCUUAGACCAUUUUUAAAUUUCGGAACCCAUUUCCAGUACACAUGAAAAAAGUUUAACUGUAAAGAAUUUCAAAUUUCGAUUCAAUUUUUUAGUGACUGUGCCCAAUUCCGGAACAAAGAUUAAACUCCGAGCACUUGUCUCUACACACAAAUAAGGACCACCCUUACAAUAUACUAAGAACAGAACAGCAUGAAUUAUGUAGUAGUGAAAACACCGUUACUGAGACAAACAUACUGAAAGAAAUUCAUAGGAAAAAUGUCGUAAAUAUGAGUUAGCUGCUUAAGAAAGGUAAAAAUGAAAAAAUAAGAACCGUUACUAAAGAUGUUAUACAACCCACAUAUGUAUACAUACGAGUAUUUAUAUACAUAUAAUAUAUAAAUGCCAUGGCGCGCUUUUUAGACACAAAAUACUAUGGAAUAUUAAUUCCAAAACUGCAUACAAACAUAAGCUUCCAAAGAGAAUAAAUAAUUAAGCGAACUUCCAGUGAAAUGCUUACCAUAACGAAAAAUAUGAAAAACUCGAAUGAGACAGAAAAUAGUAAAUAGUAAAUAGUAAAUGAACACAAUACAUAACCUUCAAACAGCAAAUAUUUUCCUUGUGUUUUUUUUUUUAUUUUAUUUUAGAAAAUGCAACUGUUAUUGCUGUGUUGUUGUGGUUAAGUAAAAUAGCCUAGAAUAAAUGUCAUUCCAUUUACCAAUAAUGAAAUUAAUAUGAAAAUAUACUGUAUGUAUGUGUAAAGUUAAUAUAUUCCAAGGGCUUGAAAUAUUUUAUACACCAAAUGAAAAUUAGGCUGCAAGUAUAUAACACUGAUUUAAAAGCAUAUAUGAGUAUAUGUAGUAAAACAUACAUACACGUAAGUAUGUGUACAUGUAGUAGUAAUAAACAUUUUGCAUAUUGUAUAGAUUUACAAGCAUACUAUAUACAUACGUAGUUGUUUUUUUUUUUAGUGAAAAGCGAAUGUUAGUUAUACACAAAGCGUUUAUACAUACAUGCAUAUACAUAUGUAGAAUAGGUUGUAUGAAAGUAUAAGAAAUCAUGCAGCGCAAAUGGUUAGUCUAACCUCAAAUUUAUUUCUAAUUAACUGAAAGAAGGAAGUGGUUGGUGCUGGCAACGUCAUUACAAUUUUUGCUGGAUUUGCUCUGUAAUAUAUAAUGGUGAUUUUUAGUAAUAACUCGAUGCCAGCGGCUCCUAGUGGGUGAAAUUUUCAACUACCUCCUUCUUCUUCUCAAUUGCGUGCCUAUACCAGUACUCGGGACUUCGGACUCUCAACUCUUCUUUUGACAGUAAUGUGGCUAUAGUCUUCUGUUUUGCAGACUUUCUUCACCUUAACCGUAAUUGUGAGGAUUUAUUUAUAAUUAGAAUUAAUUUUUAAAGCAAAAUGUUUCAGUAUGCACUCUAACCUUAAAAUAUUAGAACCAAAAUUGGCUAAUUGUCUACGUUCUAUUUUAAAAAUUCAAAAAUAAAUCGCUUUUCUUCAGAAA